GCUCCAUCUCCCAGGUAGGGUCGCACUGGGCUACUUUUGAAUUUCCCCCCUGCAGAGGGACAUGCCCGCAUUAAGGCGAGCCGCGCCCCGUCAGUGGCCACGAGGGCCCCCCCAGGGGGCCCACCCGAAGGCAGACACGCGAGAACCCUCGGGCCCUGGAUCCUCGACCGCAGGGCAUGCGACGGGGGAGGAAAACCAGUCGCGGCCACGCGGGCCACGACUGCUCUGGCAGAGAGGAGGAGGGGGAGGAGGAGGAGGAGGAGGAGGAGGCGGAAAAGCAGUCGUGGCCACGCGGGCCACGCGGGCCAUGUGCCAACGAGGCGCCCAUAACUGGCAGAAGCGAGAGAACCAUCGAUCGCAGAGGCCCCCUCUCGGCCAGGGCUGCAAUAGGCUCAGCCAGCUGCCUUGCCGCGCGGGCCCCAGCCUUGCGACGGGAAGCUCAGGGAGGCAGCUUGAGGAUGGAGGGAGUGCGCGAUGAUGAUAAAGGGAGGGAGGAUGCGAGAUGGGGUUCCGCACCUCAUGGAGGCGCGACCGCCGCCGCGUCGCUGCACCUGAAGUACUCGGCACGGACGCCGCACGCUGUGUCCACGAGAAUUCCGCUCACGGUGUCCUGGACGAUGUUCAGCACGGUUGACAUGUGGGGCGUGGGCGACGCAACGUCGGCGUUUCCGGAGAGCGCCCUGAGGGUGGCCAGCGCGAUGGACGAACUAUCGACCGCGUGCCCCACGCACAAGACGCAGCCGAGGCAACAACCCUCCUCCGAGGAGUCCUGCCCAACCUCGGCCUCGAUGGCGGCGACCAUGUCCGCGAGCCCCCGCUCCCCGAACCGGAGAUACUCCUCCCGUGUGUCCUCGCCCUCGUCCAGGUACCCCUGCAGCGAGGCAUAGCUGAGCUUGCCGGUGGCGCGGUUGAUGGCUGUCCCCUGCGUGUGCGCGUCAGUGUUGUAGAACGACUGGAUCUCCCUCACGCUCGCGCUGCCCGCGCCAUCGCCCAGCACAUGUCCGGCACGAGGAAUGAAACACUACAUGCGUAAACAUGUUAGCCAGCGUGGACCCCAAACGGUGUGUUU